GAUGUGUGACGUGUUUUCGUGAAUAUCAUUUGUGAACGUGGCAACGCCAUUCGAGCACCACAACAAUACAAACGGGUCCAAUAGGUCCAUUGAUUGAUAGCUUCACACAACCAACGCAUCGAUCCAAGCAUGCUUCGUCUGCCCAGUGUCAGUCAUGCAACAGAUGCAGCCCUCGCGUGCAGGUCCACCCGACAAUCCACUCGCCAAAUCGUCAAGCAAACCUGCGCACAGGCGGCUCGGCUGCACGACAAUCUGGGCAGAGGAAGGCUGCGAACACACCAGUUGAGUUGGACCCGACAGGGUGUUUUACAGUCAGUCAGCCAGGAAGGCAAGCAGACAGGCAGCCAAGCCACUCAACUCAUCCAUCCAGCCGUUCACGGGACACCAUGAGAUCAGCGCCCUUUUGCAGGCACACCGAAGUGCUGCACGGCACGCAGUCAGCGUCUAGACACCAUCCAUCCGCAUCUGGCUCUCUCUCUCUCUCUCUCUCUCUGCACGUACAUCCAUGCCUCGCACCACACACAGGGUCUUACUAAACACCAUGACAAAGAGCCCAACACGUGUUAUAACACUUUAUGUUUGUAUGCAGAAACGGCAUCCCAUCCACCCACCCACCCGUCCAUCCAUCCAUCCAUGAGUGACACACAUGAAUGGAAUGGGUGUCUCAUUGACAGCCACACCACAGCAGCCACGAAAGGAUGGAUCCAUGGACAUGCACCCACGCACCUCACGGUCGAUCUAUCUAAAUAUUCAGAUGAUCUCUCUCAGUGGGCGUGCGGUGCGCGAAAAAGGAGGGCCUCUCAGGCGUGGCCAGCAAAGCAGCGUCAUCUCACUUGGCACUGCACUUGACAAUUGGCACACCAGAAAAUACCAGCCGUCAUGUGUACGUAUCGACACAGCUACACAAAAUGGUGGAUGUACGUUAUGUGAUCAUGCAGACAGGAAGUAUGCAAGAGUGAGUGAUAUUUGAUAGAUCUGAUCGGCAGGAGCGAGGCGUACUACACCGUUCGUUCUGUCGUAUAUAUGUGUGUGUUCUGACUUGACUGUCUGUGUGUAGAAGAAUAGCAGAAAACCAGACGACGAAAAAAGAGACAGCACAAGUGAUCCGAUCCCCGCCUUGUUUACACAGGUAGGCGUGCAGAUGGACAGCCUCUCUCACCCCGCGCUCUGCCCCUUCUCUCUCUCGUGAAAGACAUCCAAUCAAGACAGACAGACAGACAGCCCGACGGCUCUCAACCACUUUAGAAAGAAAAAUGGAGUAUCCUGCCCUCCGCCACGUUGUAGAUCUCAUGCAUGAGAUGUGGAGUGGUGACCACCCGCACCCCCGCAAUUGUCUCCUCCUCCUUGGUGUCGCCCAUCUGGAAGAACGUCACAUUGCGCGAGGCCAGGUGGUCGAGCGACGGCUGCAAGUCGCCCAGGAGGAAGGGGAGUUGGUCCUCAGGCGUGCUGGUCAGCAGGGGCCCGCAGCCGUCAGGUGAGUUGCACCACACCACCACCUUGAUCCCACUGUCAGCCUGAAAGACACGAAUGAGACAAGGGGACACACACACACACAGAAAGACAGACACCCGUACAUUGUCAUGUUAGCACCCCUCUACCCACUAUGUACCUACCAGCCGGCGCGCCACUUGAAUGCCUUUGCCGACGCCUCCCUCACUCAGCUGCACCGCCGCGCCGUCGGCCUUGUUCUUCAUCGUCUCCUUCAUGCGAUGACUCUCUGCCAAGGCAAAUGAGCCCACCACCAGACUUGCCACAGCCAACAGAGCAAUGAGGCCGAUAAUCAUGUCGCGUUUGGGCGAUGGAGGGGUGCUGGGCGGCUGCGUGUAGUCGCCCCUGAGGCCCUCUGCCGAACCCUCGCUGGCGAGUCUGGUCCUUUUGAGAGAAGUGUCGGUGGAGAUGGCCUGGGAGGUGAGCACGUCGACUUGCACGUUUCCGGGCCUCAUGGUGAAUGUGGUAGAUGAGGGAGCAGCAGCGGUUUCGGACCGAGAAUUGCGAGCUGCAACGGCAAGAAGCGAA